AUGGUUGGGGCCGCGACCAACGGCGGUAGAAUACCGCGCCAAGUUUUUUCGGUUGUGAACGGCAGUCAAGAUCCGGUCGUUGGACCAGCUAGCAGCAUCGGUUCCGAUUGUGGGGCGAUUGAGUUUACGAGAGAAGAUGUUGAAGCUUUGUUGAAUGAGAAGAUAAGAACCAAGAACAAGUUUAGUCUCAAGGAGAAAUGUGACUCAAUGAUGGAAUAUAUCAAAAGGCUAAGAAUGUGUAUUAGAUGGUUUCAAGAACUUGAAGGGGAUCUUUUAUUAGAUCAGCACAAUCUUGGGAAGAUGUUGGAAUCAGCAGAAAGGAAAUGCAAAGAUAUGGAAAUGCUAAUGACCGAAAAGGAAGAAGAACUGAAUUCGAUAAUCAUGGAGUUGCGAAAGAAUUACACAGUUCUACAAGAGAAGUUUGCGAAAGCAGAAUCAGAUAAAUUGACUGCAAUGGAAACAUUAUCGAAGGAGAAGGAUGCUAGACUGUCCGCAGAGAGAUCACAAUCCUCCAUCUUGGAAGAACUCGAAAGAGCUCAAAGAGAGGGUUCAAGUGCUAAUCAAAAGAUAUUAUCGCUCAACGAUAUGUACAAGAGAUUGCAGGAAUACAACACGAGCUUACAACAAUACAAUAGUAAGCUUCAAUCGGAGCUUAAUCAAACCAACGAGAUCCUCAAGAACGUAGAGAAAGAGAAGGUUUCUAUGUUGGAGAACCUCGGAAACUUAAAGGGCCAAUGCAGUUCUUUGCAGGAUCAACUGACUGCUACUAAAGCAAGUAGUGACGAGACGAUGAAGCUAAAAGAAGCUUUGUCGAGCGAAGUUGGACGUCUGAGAUUGGAUUUACAACAAGUGAGAGAUGAUCGUGAUCGUCAACUAUUACAAGUACAAGAUUUAUCGGCCGAAGUGUUGAAAUAUAAGGAGUGGACCGGGAAGUCAGCAGCUGAAUUGGGCAACUUAACGACAAAGUCAAUUGAGCUUGAGGCCAUGUGUUCUUCGCAACACGAUCAAAUAAGAAAAUUGCAAGAAAAACUUACGACUGCGGAGAAUAAACUAGAGAUGUCUGAUGUAUCUGCAUUUGAGAUAAGAACGGGAUAUGAAGAACAAAAGAGAGUUAACUCUGACUUACAACUUCGUUUAGCCGAGACAGAACUAAAACUUGUCGAAGGAGAAGCCUUGCGCAAAAAGUUGCACAACACAAUAUUGGAAUUGAAAGGAAAUAUACGAGUAUUUUGUAGGGUACGACCUCUAUUGUCCGAUGAUGUCGCUGAUACAGAAACAAAAAGUGUUUAUUUUCCUACGACAACCGAAACUCUUGGCCGAGGCAUUGAAUUAUUGCAACAUGGGCAAAAGCAUUCUUUUACGUUCGAUAAAGUAUUUGUUCCGGAAUCGUCACAAGAAGAGGUGUUUGUGGAAGUCUCGCAACUUGUACAAAGUGCACUAGAUGGUUAUAAGGUUUGUAUCUUUGCCUACGGUCAAACAGGGUCGGGAAAAACACACACGAUGAUGGGUACGCCAGGGAACUACGACGAAAAAGGAUUGAUACCUCGUUCUUUAGAACAAAUAUUCGAGUCGAAGCAAAUGCUUCAAAACCAAGGAUGGAAGUACGAAAUGCAGGUUUCGAUGCUGGAAAUAUACAACGAGACGAUACGUGAUCUGUUGUCUACAAACCGGUCCGGUCCACCCGAGUGUGGUUCGAAGCAACAUACUAUUAAACAUGAUGCAAAUGGCAACACACAUGUCUCCGAUCUCACCAUAGUCGAUGUGCGCAGCAGUAGAGAAGUUUCUUAUUUGUUAAGUCGUGCUGCACAAAGCAGGUCCGUGGGUAAGACUCAAAUGAACGAACAAUCCUCGAGAAGCCAUUUCGUGUUCACCCUUAGGAUAAUUGGUGUUAAUGAGAGCAUGGACCAACAAGUGCAAGGUGUUCUUAACCUUAUCGAUCUUGCCGGUAGUGAACGUCUUUCGAAGAGUGGAUCAACCGGGGAUCGUUUAAAGGAAACUCAAGCCAUCAACAAGAGUCUAUCAUCGUUAAGCGAUGUUAUAUUUGCACUGGCGAAAAAGGAAGAGCAUGUACCUUUUAGGAACUCAAAACUUACAUAUCUUCUUCAGCCUUGCUUAGGUGGGGAUUCCAAGACGUUAAUGGUCGUAAAUGUUUCUCCGGCACCGAGCUCGAUCAACGAGUCGCUUUGUUCUCUUCGAUUUGCGGCUAGAGUCAAUGCCUGCGAGAUUGGGACACCUAGACGACAAACGUCUGCAAGGCAAUUGGAUGCUCGAUUCAGCUACGGCUAAUUCCUCGUCUACCACAAACCGUGUUCGAGAAAAACAAUCGUAAUUAUCGACAUAGAAAUUUCAAAAACCCUAACAACUUGUCUUCAUUGUGUAUACCAGAAAGAAGGAUUGAAGAACAGUAGCCAAAUGUUGUGCAUAGAAGAAUGUUGAUUGAGCCACUUGGUUAAUAUAUUUGGACAUGUAUUUUUGCAGUU